AUGCCACCGCCAAACUCCACCCACAUGUGGCGGUUGGAGAGUGAUGAGAAGACUCUUCGUAAAGAGAUCAGCUACGCUAUCAAGAACAUCCACGGCAUCAGGACGGGUCUGUUCACACCCGACAUGGCGUUUGAGACGAUCGUGAAGCGUCUAAUCGCUCAGAUCAAAGAGCCGUGUCAGAAAUGUGUCGACCUGGUGAUCAACGAGCUCGUCAACACCGUCAGGCAGUGCACUCAGAAGGUGAUGCUGCUGAUCGACAUAGAGCUGGCGUACAUUAACACCAACCAUGAUGACUUCAUCGGCUUCGCCAAUGCCCAGCAGAAGAGCAGUCAGAUGAGUAAGAAGAAGGCGGCAGGAAACCAGGAUGAGAUCAUGGUGAUCCGUAAAGGCUGGCUGACCAUCAACAACAUCAGCAUCAUGAAGGGCGGAGCUAAAGAGUACUGGUUUGUCCUGACAGCUGAGACGCUGUGCUGGUACAAAGAUGAUGAGGAGAAGGAGAAGAAGUACAUGCUACCUGUGGACAACCUGAAACUCAAAGACAUCGAGAAAAGCUUCAUGUCCAGCAAACACAUCUUCGCCCUGUUCAACACCGAGCACAGGAACGUGUACAAAGAUUACCGUCAGCUUGAGUUGGCCAGUGAGUCUCAGGAGGAGGUGGACAGCUGGAAGGCUUCUUUCCUACGAGCUGGAGUGUACCCUGAACGCAGCGUGGAUAAAGAGAAGGUGGAGGCGGAGGAGUCAAGUGGGGACGGGCAGAUCCACAGUCUGGACCCUCAGCUGGAGCGACAGGUGGAGAUCGUCAGGAACCUGGUGGACUCGUACCUGUCCAUCAUCCACCGCACCGUCAGAGACCUGAUCCCCAAGACCAUCAUGCACCUGAUGGUCAACAACACUAAAGAGUUCAUCCAUGCAGACCUGCUGGCUCAGCUGUACUCCUGUGGAGACCAGAACACCCUGAUGGAGGAGUCCCAGGAACAGGCUCAGCACCGUGAGGAGAUGUUGAGGAUGUACCACGCCCUGCGUGAAGGACUCCACAUCAUCGGUGACAUCAGCACUUCCACCAUCACCACGGCGAUGCCACCGCCUGUCGACGACUCCUGGCUGCAGGUGACUGGGAUGCCGUCUGGACGCAGGUCCCCCAUGUCCAGCCCCACCCCCCAGCGUCGGGCCCCUCCUGGACCUCCUCGUCCAGGCGGCCGGGCGGCCCCCGGCCCUCCGUCCCGCCCCGCAGUGUCACCUGACCCCGGACCCCCCUCCAUCCCCUCCCGACCCAACAGAGCGCCUCCGCCUGGAGUCCCCAGGUAGGUGAGGUCAAAGGUCAGACUGACA